AUGGCGGGCGGCGCGCGGCACGGAGCGGAAGGACGGAAGCCGUGCAGGGACAGGGGCGGUGCCGCGGCCGGACCGUACCAACACGCCCCGAGUGGGGGAGGAGCCUCCGCACCGUGCGCCCCCCGCGGGAUGCACGGUGGUCCCAGCCGGGGCGCUGACAGGCCGGGCCGGGGGCACGGUCAGCCCCGGGAUCUGGGGCUGGAGCCCCGCGGGCGCCGCUCGGGGCUGCGGCUGCCACCCCCGGCCUCUCUCGGCGGCAGGAGCCCGGUCAGAGCGCAGCCGGUGUUCCCGCGCUGGCCGAGCUGCGGGCGCCUCAGGGCAGGCCCGGCGGCGGCGCGCCCCUCAUCGCGGUGUCGCCCCCUCAGAGCUCCGGGCUCGGCGGAAGAGCCCCGCCGCGAUUGGGAGCCCAGGACUGAGCUUGCUGUAAAAGAAAUCAUGUCAUCAGGGGGAGCUGAAGAUGAUAUUCCUCAAGCAGAGAGAAAAACGGUGACAGACUUUUGCUACUUACUGGAUAAAUCUAAGCAGCUCUUCAACGGCUUAAGGGAUUUACCUCAGUAUGGGCAGAAGCAGUGGCAAUCCUAUUUUGGGCGAACAUUUGAUGUUUACACCAAACUCUGGAAGUUCCAGCAGCAGCACCGACAAGUACUGGACAAUCGGUAUGGGUUGAAGAGGUGGCAAAUUGGGGAAAUUGCUUCCAAGAUUGGACAGCUCUAUUACCAUUAUUACUUACGCACCUCUGAAACCAGCUAUCUCAACGAGGCUUUCUCCUUCUACUCUGCAAUCAGACAGAGGUCCUACUACUCCCAGGUCAACAAAGAAGACAGGCCCGAAUUAGUGGUUAAGAAGCUGCGUUACUAUGCAAGAUUUAUAGUGGUUUGUCUCCUGCUCAACAAAAUGGAUGUUGURAAGGACCUUGUAAAGGAGCUGUCAGAUGAAAUUGAGGACUACACUCAUCGUUUCAAUACUGAAGAUCAGGUGGAGUGGAAYCUGGUUCUUCAAGAAGUGGCAGCAUUUAUUGAGGCAGACCCUGUCAUGGUUUUAAAUGAUGACAACACCAUUGUAAUCACCUCUAACAGGCUUUCUGAGACGGGAGCUCCGUUGUUGGAGCAGGGGAUGAUAGUGGGACAGCUUGCUCUUGCAGAUGCGCUCAUUAUUGGGAACUGCAACAACCAGGUCAAGUUCAGUGAAUUAACMAUUGACAUGUUCCGAAUGCUGCAAGCCCUGGAGAGGGAACCCAUGAACUUGGCAUCACAAAUGAACAAGCCUGGAAUGCAGGAGUCAACAGAGAAACCAGCCAGGCGGGAAAACCCCCAUAAAUACCUACUUUAUAAACCAACUUUUAGCCAGCUAUACACAUUUUUAGCAGCAUCAUUUAAGGAGCUGCCUGCAAACAGUGUGCUGCUGAUUUACCUGUCUGCCACGGGCGUGUUUCCAUCAGGUCGUUCGGAUAGUGAAGGUCCGUACGAUUUUGGGGGUGUUCUGACAAACAGUAACCGGGACAUUAUCAACGGGGACGCCAUCCACAAGCGGAACCAGUCCUACAAGGAGAUGCACUGCCUUCACCCUGGAGAUCUGUACCCUUUCACCAGAAAGCCCCUGUUCAUCAUCGUGGACUCUUCCAACAGCGUCGCCUACAAGAAUUUCACAAACUUAUUUGGACAACCAUUGGUGUGCUUGCUUUCUCCAACAGCAUAUCCAAAAGCAUUGCAAGAUCAGUCUCAGCGGGGUAGCCUCUUCACGCUCUUUCUGAACAAUCCGUUAAUGGCAUUCCUGUUUGUCUCUGGAUUAUCAAGCAUGCGCCGAGGAUUGUGGGAGAAGUGUCAGGAUUACCUCAGAAAAAUCAACCGGGACAUUGCCCAGCUGCUGACCCACUCCAGAUCCAUAGAUCAGUCAUUCCUUCAGUUUUUUGGGGAUGAAUUUCUUCGCUUGCUUCUCACGAGAUUUAUCUUCUGUUCGGCUACAAUGAGGAUGCACAAGAUCUUCCGGCAGGAGACUCGAAAUUAUCCUGAAUCUUAUCCUCAGCUGCCAAGAGAUGAAACGGUGGAGAACCCUCACCUCCAAAAACACAUUUUGGAGCUGGCUUCCAUACUGGAUGUUAGGAAUGUUUUCCUGGAAAACACACUCGAUGACUAUUGAAAGAAACUGUCUUACUGCAAAGGGGAUUCCCUGGCCACAGAUUUUGAAUGGUGCAGUUUUAUAAUGUGAAAAUCAUAAAAGGAAGUACUUGAUUUUAUUUUUAAAUGUAGGACCAUUAUUUUAAAAAGUAAUAAUAAACAGCUGUUAGUUGAGCUGUUCCAUUCUGUAUGGRGUCAAUUUUAUAAGCAGAAGUUUUCAUGUCUUUUAAAUGUUAAACUAAAGAAUCACUAGAGGUUUAUUUCUGGUCUUGUGGCUGUCAACCACAUUUCCAACAGCUGAUCCUAAGCAUAGAAGCAUUAUUGGUUACCUUUAGCCCACAUUUGUGGAAAUCCUUUAUUUUUAUACAAUUUUAAGAAAUUGGAAAGAAAAAAAAAUCAACAGAAAGACCARUAUUUUAUCCCCAAAGAGUUUGGAUUUGAAAUGGUAAAGAUGGAACUACACAGUGCAAACCAACAAUAGCAAUAACACAGAUUCCUUCAUAACAAAUAUAUUUUUUCAAUCUUAGGCAAGUGAGGAGACAAAACUGUGGACAAUUAAGUUGCAUUUGGAGCAGUGCUUURAAGUGAAUUUGUAAAGGUACUUAAUGCUCCCUAUAAGUUUGACACAGCAGUUUUCUGUGUGACCUCUGCACUGCUGGCCAAGGACCUGGUUGGGCAGGUGGUCAAUAGGUGAACAAAUUGCAAACCUGAAAGUUGGCCCCACCUCUCAUGUCCUGUGGGGCAUCCUGCUGUUGGUGCUGCUGCUGCAGGAGGAGGGGGCAUUCUUCAGUCUGAGGUACUUUAGAAAUUCCAGCAUUUCCAGCAGGUGUCAUCCCUYCUUUCCGUGUGUGGAUGGAAUGUGUGGCUCCCACAGCAUGGCCACUCCCUGCCAGGAGCUGAGAGGAAUCCUGUMCAGUGCUGUUUGAGCCCCUCCUGUCACUGUGUGUCACAGCCCUGUGCCCUGGGAGAGGUGCUGAUGUUCCCCUUGCAGGUGAAACCAAGAGGGAGCUGCCCUAACCCCCUGGAUGUUUUGCAUGUCCCCCCUGGAGCCAGGAGCAGCGAGGGGCUGUGAUGGCAGCACCCUUGGCUCCCCAGCCAAAAGCUCAGUGUGGGUGUCUGCAGCAGGACAGGGCCUUUGGGAAGGGGCUGCCUGGAGAAGGCUGUUCUGGCUGCUGGGAGGCUCCUUUGGCACUGCACUGCCUGCCCUGCAGAGCUACAGGGUGAGCAAGAACGAGGGAAUGGAGAGACUUGAAACUAUUAAAUGAAAAGUCAGUCGUCACUGUUCCAUGGGCUGCUAGUAAAGAYGUGAAAGGACAAGUCUGAUGAAUGCUUUUGGUUGAAUCCCAGSCAUACCUCUUUGCUUAGGUGAAAACAGUGCAGAACUUGGUGACUGCACUUGAUGUGACAGUGCAGGAUGUGCUUUGGUCAGCCAGAACAGCACUGGUGGAUCUGUUCCAGUGAGGGAGGACAGUGUGGAACAGCAGGAAUGGCUGCAGUGGAGCUGGGGACUUUGCAUGAAGGUUCUUUGUAGCUGGGCUGAAGCUUGCACCAUCCAUUCUUUAUUUCCCAAGUGUACAAAAUCCUGUGAAUGCUCGUGUUUGUCCUAAGCAGUCUUGAAGCUGGUACAUUGAAACUCCCCUUGGUGCUGCUCUUUGGACUCUGGCAGGACUUCAUUUCCCGGGCUGUGCAGUCUGUUGUGAUGAGUGUGUGUUCACGUGUGUGCAUGUGUGUGCUCGGCGUUUGUGUGUGUAUGUACAGCACACAUACAUCUACUGGCUGGUGUAAAUUGUAAAUAUGUAUAUAUGUAUAGGUACUUGUAUAUGUAUUAAAAAGAAUGAACCACUACAAUGUCUAUAUACAAAAUUUAUAUAUACACACAUACGCCAUGUUGGGUGGAAUCCACAAGGUGCUGCAGAUCAKUUGUGGUUGUAGUAAAGGUUAUGGCUCUUCUGCCACUGUAAUUUGCUGUUUCCAGGGACUUACCCUUGGACCUUGAAGUAAUUAAUAACUGAUUCCAGGUACAGGAGUCCUUAAUUAGCCAGGGGAAUGGGUAUUCCUGUAUGUAUUACAGUGAUAAGAUCCAUGUAUUUACUAUGAAGCUGAUCCCUGUUUUUCUGCCUGCUARGAGGUCCCCAGUUUCUAAAAUGUGGGAUUGUAUGUGGAGGCUAAAGAUGCAGGAGACCUUUAAUGCAGCAGUGAGAGGCAKAUUUUCUGUUGCCCUGCCUGCUUUCCUCCACCAGCAGUGAUCAGCUUGCAUGGAAAAAGGGAAUUGAGUUUUCCUCAGCUCACUGCCUUCCAACCAAAUGCUUUUGCUUUGCUUUAGCUUUUGCUUUGAUGCAGCUAUUCUCAUUUUGGUUCCAUCUCUGUGGAAAAGAGUAUGCUGUUUCCAAGCAUAGGAGUAAUGAUGAUGAUGGUGAUGAUGAUGAUGAUAAUUCCACUCGUGUUGGGCUGGUGAACCUCUGGGACAUGGCUUGUGAACUGACUGGUAAAGCCUUGGUGGUUCUCAYCUUCAUUUAGCCAGGCUGAAGCCAGGAGUCCUUGCUUGUCACCUGAGAGGCUUCURCCUGUUGUGGCCCUUUGAGGAGGUCCUGUUUGCUUUUUGCCAAGGUAGAUCUCAUCAGAGAAGAAUGCACUUUUAAAAAACAAAACAAAAAGCCCUGAAGAAGCUGGAAUGUAGGAGGAGAAUAUGGGCCUUGAAAAUGAGUUCAGAAGUUGAACUAAAUAGCAAUGACUGUACAAGUAAAAAAWUCAUUCUUGAGGUUCCUAAUUCUCUUACCUGCUGACCUUUGUUAGAAGGUCCAAUGCUGGGACAUUCAAAGAUUUCACUCGAGUUGGGAGGAGUAUGGAAUUGUACUGUGGAAGCAUACCCUCUGUCUGCUCUARCUGUAGCGAGGAUGAGUGUCUGGUCUUGGAUUUUGAGCCAGCCCCUCCCUUCCACCCAAAGAACUGCAUUCAAGCUGAAACUGUUGAUAUUUUCCCCUCCAAGUAAAAGCUUGUCUUGUUUGAACUAAGUCAUUCUAAACUUGUGCUACUGUGUGCUCUGUGCUAUGGUCGUAGGUACCUCUCAGUGUAUGCUUGUGUGUACUGAAGAAAAUCUGGUUUAUGUAUCUCACAGUCCUCAGUGUGAAAGCAAAGACUGAACCAUUUUUAAGGGAGAAGAGAACAAAUCCUUUUCUUCUCAGGCCUGAUGCCUUCCCUCUUGUCUCACUAUCUCUUUCUCCAUGUAUCUUUAUUGCUUAUAUUAGCUGAGAAGACUUGCCAGCACCAGGCAAUGCCAAAUUAAAGGGGUAAAUUCUGCAUGUAAUACAUUGAGAGGACAAGGUGAACUGUGUCCUUAGAGGACCACUCCUGCCUGGCUCCCUACUCCCUGCAUGUGGUGUGCUCAGAUGAAUCCUGCUCCCACAGUAGGUUUGUGCUCCUGCUCAAACUGGCUUUGGAACACCUUGCCAAAGUUACUGCUGUUGCCUUUUUUUCCCCUUUGACUUCUCAAAAUAACAGUGAUGGGGAAUGCAGGGUUACUCUUUAAUGCUCUGUUUUUUAAUUCCUCUUGGGAUGUGAUGUGUCAUUUUGCUUCGUGCACCAGCUAAAUGGAGCACUAACUUCCAUGAGCUGUGCUUGAGCAACAAGACUUGCUCCCUGGAGUGCUUUCUUGAGAAGUUUCAGGAGCUUUCUUGGAGUAGUGCAUCAAAAUAAUGUCUGUCAAGAUAUGACUGACUAAACCCCUCAAGACUGUUCCCCAGGGAGAUGUGCAGAGAUCUUUAAAGGGUCAUAGGAAAUAGAUGAGGGCAGCAGGAAAUUUGGCUUCAAUUAAUCAUCUUCAAAAACUACAGUUUGAGUAGCUCUGGUCAGGCUUCUCCCCUGAGGAUGGGAUGGAAGUGCUGUUCCAUAGCCCAUUCCUGAAUUAGGAAGCACCUCCCCUGCCCCACCUCCCAUGUCCUUGUAACCAUGCUGUGCUGCAAGUCUGCUCCUUCCCAAAAGCUAAAAAUCUUGGGAUCUGUCUGAACAACUGUUUUGUCUUGAGGUUUCUCUUGUAAAAGCUUUCUUUUACCUGUGUUUGGUUCCUCAGUAAAUGCGAGUGCAGCUCAGUGAGUGCCCUGCUCAGUCCUGGUGGUGUUUGGGGCUGAUCUGUGGUGGCUGUGGCUGCUCCUGGGGCUAAGGAAGYUCUGCACGCAGCAACAGUUGUAUGAACAAGGGAAAAAAUCUAAUCAGAGAGCUGAAAACUGUUCUGUGCACCUUGUAAGGUCAGACUGGGCACAGCGGCCAGGGCAAAGCUCUCGAGAGCAGAUUAUAACCCGAAGGGCUGAUUUACAUUUGUAACAUUGGACUUUUAGAGCAAUACUGUUCUGUGAUCAAAUGUGUUCAAGUGCUUUGAAGAUCUGGGUGUCCACUGUUAGAGCAGAGGACACACAUAACUGCUUUAGAUUUAGGAGUGACAGCCACUUUUUGUUYUGCCAUCUAAACCAUUACUAUGCCAAGACUGAGGAGAGUUAGUUCAAGAUUUCUGAAUCCGACAGAUCUUUUUGGGAUUAAGGGCUGUCUCUGAAUUCUGCCCAGAUGCAUGCAUAGGUGUUUUGUUGCUGGUUUCAUUCCCAUUGGGAGCAGACCCCAGCACAGCUCGCUGGUCUGCAGCAACCCCAGAGCAGAGCAGAUCUCACCAGCCCCAUSCCAGCAGCUUCUCCUUCCAGAAUAAACCCUGCUGGGAGGAUCUGUCCCCUUGACUUCACAGACCGCUUUUGGCCCGUGUUUAUUGUCAUUCYACCAGUGAACUGGUUUGUUGGGAGCAGGAUUCUGCCUCAUGCAGGCUGAAAAGCACAAGUUGCUUCUGCCCUGGGCAAGGCCCAGCAAGAAGGACAUGGGGAGCACAGGUUGGGAGCGUUUGGGAGCGUUCUGGAAAUGCAGAGGGACCGUGCCUCGGGCAGCCCAGCUGCACAGGUACGGGGAACGUUUUGCCUCUCCGAGAAUCAAAUUAUUUAUUACCAAAAGUAAUUUUAUAGUGAAUUGGUUUAAAGUUAUUUUACAGCUGUGUGCCUGUAUAUCGUAUUUUGGUAAAAACGGAUAUUUUCCUUAAAAUAUAUAGAGAUAUAUAAACUUUUUUUGGAGCAAAUGGACUUUUUUGCAAGGGAUCUGUAAUCGCCAAAGCCGUGUGAUGCCAGAAGCGACUCCGCCGUUGUUUUGGGUGUCUGCGGAGGGAAGAAGCGUUUGUGUURCUGCUGGACACUGCGGAGAGAAGCAAACGCCGCGAUGGAACUGGGCCCUGCCGUUCGUCCCCGCCGCAGGGACACGGUAACACAGACCGAGCGCCAGCCCCGCGUCCUGCUCGUCACCGCCCUUCCAGCCUUUCCAGAGACUUUGGAGCAGAUUUCCGUUCGCUUUUGUCCGCGCCGCGCCGGGGCCGCUCCCGCCCGGUGCUGGCGGUUGUGCCGUGUCCGAGCUGUUCGCUGUCCCUGUUCCGGCCAGCGCCGCCCCGGCCCCGCCGGCGGACUGUGCUGUCAAUAAACUGUGGUAAA